GGAGAUAAUUAAUGUUUGCAUGUCUCUGUGUUAUUACUGUGCAUGGCCUCUGUUCCUGUUGUUGUACUUGUGUAAGUGUAUUUAAGAGUUGGUAUUUCUUCAGCUUUGUUCAGAUCCUCCACACAGGACGACUGAAGCUACCGGCUGAAACUGCAGCAGGUUAACAUCCUCUCUAACAUCUGCACCAUCCACCAUGAAGACUCUGACUGUGUCUUUGAUUGUGUGCACCCUGAUAGCUCUGACCAGAGCUGCCACUCUUCCACCUGGAGAGAAUGAAUUUUGGCCAUCUGAACAUAUCAUAGUUGAUCCAGUUCAUGGAGGUGAAGACUAUAUGACACCACCGCCUAACCCGGAGAACUAUUUUCCACAUUUUUCUUGCCCUGACGGUUGGACUAACUACGAUACUCACUGUCUCCUCUACGUUCCAACAAAGAUGACUUGGGAUCAGGCUGAGAGUAACUGCCGUUCCAAGAGCGGGAUCUGGCCGGCAACCCUUGCAUCUGUGUCUGAUGCUCAACACGCCGACCAGAUUCAUGAAGUGAUGCAACGUGCUGGACAUGAGCAUGGACAAGUGUGGGUUGGAGGCCAUAAAACAACAGCCAAUCCCUCUUGGUCCUGGACUGACCCCAUGGGUUUCGGGAGAUUUUAUUCCUUCUGUCCUAAAGAGCCUGCAAAGCAGGAGCACAACUGUCUACAAAUAAACUUUGGAGAAAAUAUGGGUGGAUGCUUGGAGGGCCAGCAGUGUGACACUGAACUCCCGUCUGUCUGCAGCAUCGUCCUCAUGUGAUUCCUGGGCAGAUAGGAUAAUGAAGACGUCAGUCUCAUCUACAACCUGAAGCUUAUUUUACAUUCUAAUUUCUUUUUGAUCACAGUAACGCUACGCUAGGACACUAGGAAUGAAACAUCCAUCCAUUCAUAUAAUACAGCUGGGGUUUUGUGCCUUUAGUAAGAGCAGAUUGAAUGUGAUAAUAAUGAUUUUAGCACAGCUUUAUUCUGCAGAGUGAACUGUUAUCUCUUAUCUUAUGCAAAUUAAAGAAUUUCAGCAGUG